UGAGACACUUUGCGGCUGGCUGACAGCCAUAAUGAUGUUUUCACUGUCACGACUAGCUUGACCUCAGGGUGAGGCUUUAUUACCCUGGUGAGCCUGCCUCAAAAUGGCUUUUGUGGUCAACUCCUAUGACCAUCAGGAUCGGUUCCCAACUUCUUCCUACGGAGGCUUUUCACUAUGGCUGAUGUUGAUGAGAAGACCAAGGUCUCGCCGCCACAGGCGACGGUGAGCGAAGUCGUCCCUUUAGAUGACUCGCAAGCAGAUGCGCCCCACAACUCUCAGUGCUGUGAACCAGAGCGUAUGGAUGGUGCCUUCUUCUCAAUCAUUUUUGGUGCAGCCAUACCAUGUCUGACAAUCUUGUCGAUCGUUGGUGCUGUUCUUGGUAUCAUCUUCGUGAACCUUGUCGACCUUGACCGAGGCUGGCCAGAACUACGAAGCAGCACGGCUUUAACCACGAGUGUCAGCGGUGUUUGGGCCACUCUGAACGACUGGAAGAAGCGUGGCGGCAAUGCAGCCUUUUAUAUCGACUUCAACCCUUCCUCGUUGACCGCAGUGGCUUCUUUGUCGAGCAAGAUUAUUCCUUACCUGUCGAGCACCAUCAUGGCCUUGGUGUCUUUCUUCGCUGCACGUCAAAUCAUCAAAAUGUCUCAAGAGCAGACGCAGGGGGACUUGUUGUCGCCUCAUCAGCUUUCCAUCCUCAUACAGCUGUUGGGAGGGAACAGUUUUGCCCCGAUCAAAGACUGUGUUCACUUUCAUGUCAAGAAGAAGCAGAGAUGGAUUUCCCCAAUAACUCACGCAUUUGCGGCGUUGGUCAUUGUCACUACUCUUGGGAUCGUUAUUCCAAUUGCUGAUACGUGGUUCAGCACGACUGUCACACCAGUCAAGGUGGUUCUCUUGAACAAGACGGAAACCACUUCUCUGUGGGGCAGGCAGCUAGGCUGCGAAAAGGCGGCUGAGCAAGGAGUCGGCUUGGAUGGACGGAUGUUACCAUGUAAUCUGGAUUGGGUCGAGAAUUCCCAGAAAACCAACCAGUCUGUCUUCUUCAUCUGGGGAGCUGAAGAGUCGAUUGCUACCAUGAACGAUAUCUCGGACGUGAACGAGGUAUGGUAUUAUCGACCAGCCAACACGUCGCGUGAGAUUCGUUUCAUGGCAGACCAAAUGUACGACCACAAUCGAGAUUUCAGAACAAAGUCCAUCGCCAUUGAGACCCAAUGCACCCCAAUGACGUCGGAAUGUCUUCCCCUUGAUGCGGAAUAUCCAGGCUACAUUGAUGUCGAGUAUGAUUUCAACUGCAGCUCUGGGUUCCGUGGAAGUCUCCUCUCCAACGGCGCAACUAGCGCGGCCCAUUUCAACCAAACCACCCAUAUUGGCGGUACCAUGGCCGGAAUUUCAUUUGCUUCUGAUGCAGCAUUGUCCAGCCAGGUCGCCGACUCUGAAUUUGCCUCUUUUACGAACCCACUCCAUUUCGGCGCUUGGUCGAUUGGCUGGCAAACACCCGCUACUUGGAACGAAGACGGUCUCUCGCAAUCGUGGGACAACGAUACGGAGAUUUAUUAUGACUAUUACUGGAAUUACGCGUGGAUGUUGAAUUGCACCGCCACCAUUUACGAUGUCACGUUCUCCGUCAUCAACGGUAGCAAGAUCCAAAACUGGGAGCAGGUCCUUGCACCAGCCGACUUGGGAGGAGUGGUCUCGUAUCCAUUUGUUUCGGGUCUACCUGCAGCAUCGUUGUGCUUGGACUCGAUUUCGACUGAGAUUGCAAGAACAAACAACUCGGAUCACCUGGCAGAUGCCUGGGGCACACGGUUUUCACGAUGCGCCAUGUCAAUGAUUGCUGGCGUGCUUGAUCCAACUUCCAAUAUUCUGGAACAGACACGGGACAAUGCAUAUGGUGCUACCAGAGUUCCCAUGGUUCCUUUGUUCAUUCUCCUGGGCUUGCAAGUCCUGUACUGUGCGGCGGUGCUCAUCUUGGCCAUUGCCGCCUGGCACUUUACGGAUCCCACCGUGACACAGUCGGUCAAGGAACGUCUGAGCGUCAAGGGAUUGGCAGCGGCGUGCUUUGCCGAAGGUCCUUCCAGCCAAAGUGUCGCCGUGAAGAACGUCGAGGAGCUCUUCCAGGAUUCCGACCCAUCAAGAGGCAAGCCCAAAGAUGCCGAGGCCGCCCCGCAAACUGACUCGGCACCCGCUGGGGUCGCCAUGAAGCAGACCGAGCUUGGAGGCUGGCAGUUCGUUAAGGUCGUGUCUGGCACUGUUUGGACCAAGGUCGCUCCAAUUGCGGAAUCUCAUGUGCUAUCGCAAGCAGGCUCUGGCGCCUUUGGCUCCGAGGGACAAUCUGUGGCCAACUGGGUCAGCCUCGUCAAGAAAUAGAGGUUACAAUGGGCUGAUUAUUGCGAGAAAGAUUUUCGGAUAGAACAUUCAUGAGUCACACGAAUCAAUAAUAAAACUCUACGCUACAGAGAUGAAGAUUA